UCUCAAAACAUCUAAUAUCCACUUAAGUCUCUCUCUCUCUCUCUCUCUCUCUCUCUCUCUCUCUCUCUCUCCCUCCCUAAAUUACAUCUCUGCAAAUAUUAGGCUCCAUUUUUCCCCUCCACAUCUCUUUUCUCUGAGAAGAUGGCCGGCCGGAGAGCUGAAGAUAAUGCCGUCUUCAGCCAACAAACCGGGAGCAGAGGCCUCUCAGACUUUGAUCCCCCAAAGAAACCCAAAAGAAAUAAGUACGCCUUUGGUUGUGCCAUUUUGGCUUCCAUGACUUCAAUCUUGCUGGGUUAUGACAUUGGUGUGAUGAGUGGAGCUGCAAUUUACAUACAAAAGGACCUCAAGAUUUCCGACGUGCAAAUUGAGAUCCUACUCGGUAUUCUAAACGUCUACUCCCUCUUCGGCUCCGCCGCUGCCGGAAGAACAUCCGACUGGAUUGGUCGCCGAUACACCAUAGUCCUUGCCGGGGCUAUUUUCUUCGCCGGAGCUCUUCUUAUGGGAUUCGCCACAAACUAUGUCUUUCUAAUGGUCGGCCGGUUUAUAGCUGGGAUUGGCGUCGGGUACGCCCUCAUGAUCGCUCCUGUCUAUACCGCCGAGGUCUCGCCGGCGUCAUCUCGUGGGUUCCUCACAUCUUUCCCAGAGGUCUUUGUCAAUGUAGGGAUACUGUUGGGCUACGUGUCCAACUAUGCGUUCUCGAAGCUCCCAACUAACUUGGGGUGGCGGCUCAUGCUCGGCAUCGGCGCAGUCCCCUGCGUUUUUUUGGCCUUAGGCGUCUUAGCCAUGCCAGAGUCGCCGCGCUGGCUCGUCAUGCAGGGACGGCUCGGGGACGCGACACGUGUUCUCAACAAAACCUCAGACUCCAAGGAGGAGUCUCUGCUUCGAUUAGCGGACAUCAAAGAAGCUGCUGGAAUCCCCGAGCACUGCACCGACGACGUCGUUCAGGUCCCCAAACGUAGCAAAGGCCAAGACGUCUGGAAAGAGUUGCUCCUCCAUCCAACACCAGCAGUUCGUCACAUUUUAAUCUGCGCCGUCGGUAUCCAUUUCUUUCAGCAGGCCUCGGGCAUCGACGCCAUCGUUUUGUACAGCCCAAGAGUCUUUGAGAAGGCUGGGAUAACCAACUCCGACCACAAGCUACUCUGCACUGUAGCCGUUGGAUUAGCCAAGACCAUUUUCAUCCUGGUCGCCACGUUUUUGCUUGAUCGGGUCGGACGGCGUCCGUUGCUUCUAUCUAGUGUUGCCGGGAUGAUAUUUUCCCUCGGAGCUCUUGGUGUCGGCCUUACAAUCAUUGAUCAGCACCACGGGGCUAAGAUGACGUGGACUACUGCACUGUGCUUGACCAUGGUAAUAGCGUACGCCGCGCUCUUCUCUAUCGGAUUGGGGCCCAUCACUUGGGUUUAUAGCUCUGAGAUCUUUCCGUUGAAGCUACGUGCCCAAGGCUGUAGUAUGGGAGUGGCGAUGAAUAGGGUGGUGAGUGGGGUCCUCUCAAUGACGUUUAUUUCGUUGUAUAAGGCCAUAACAAUGGGUGGGGCCUUCUUUCUUUACGGGGGAAUUGCUGCUGUUGCAUGGGUGUUCUUUUAUACGAUGUACCCGGAGACACAAGGCAGAACCCUAGAAGAUAUGGAGGUCUUGUUUGGCAAGUUCCACAAGUGGAGAGAAGCGAAUGCAAUGCUCGAAACGAAAACCCAAGUUGAUCAUGGCGAUGGCAACAAUGGAACUGGUGCGGUCGAAUUAGGCACAAAAGGGCCAGCUAAUUAGAUUAGUGUGAUAUGUGGAUGGUAUAAUGGUAGUGCAUUUAGUUCUUUGACGAAAAUUAGGGUAGGCGUCGGUUAUAUAAUGUACCUCCUCUCAAUCGGCUAUAUAUGUAAACGGGUUUCGAACCUCAGAGACAGAGGAGAAAAGGGUUUGUUUUCGAUAUGUAUUGUACAAGUUUGUUUUCCAUGCAUUAGCAAGGGAAAAAGAGUGUUUUUGAUGUGUAUUGUACGAGUUUGUUUUCAUGAGCAUGUAGAAGAGUUCGUUUUCAACGUGUAUACAACAAGUUUUCAGUUCAA